AUGCAGCUUCAAAUUCUCACUUUCUUGGCGCUAUUCGCCGUCACGGCACACAUCGCCGAGGCCCGCAAACCAUGUCGAGCCAACCGACCGACGACCCCUGAACCAGCGAAUGGUCCUUGUAUGGCAGCAUGGGAUAACAUAAAAUCAGAAGACUCUAAGUUCGAAGAAUAUGCCCUAGCAACCAGUACAGUAUCCUCCGUCGCAGAAUGCGCUGAAGCUUGUAAGGCUGAUAUAAAAUGUGCAUAUAGUUACUUGAAAGGAGGGACAAAGUGUCUUACUUAUGAGAGGUUCAUUCCAACAGAUUUCGCGAAAAAUGGUGACAUGACUCUUAUUUUCAAGUUGUAUCUGAAUGGAACGACUACUUGUGAAACUGCAACGAUGCCUGGCUUGGCUGCUUCAAGAGAGAAGAUGUAUUAUCCGGAUGGUGGAUCAUACUGGUUGUUCGAUAACAUUUUCAACACUGUCGGAUAUGCCAGUUACAAUCCAGCACUUGGAUAUAAGAGAAGAAAGAGAAGCAUUCUGGGAUGGCUGCUCAAUUAUUAA